AUGUCACAACAAAACGGUAUUGCAACUCUGCUAAAAGCUGAGAAAGAAGCUCAUGAAAUUGUGUCAAAGGCUAGAAAGUACAGACAGGAUAAGUUGAAGCAGGCCAAGUCCGAUGCGGCUGCUGAGAUCGAUGCUUACAAGGCCCAAAAGGAUAAAGAAUUGAAAGAAUUUGAGAGUAAGAAUGCUGGAGGUGUCGGAGAGCUUGAAAAGGAGGCAGAAUCAACUGUGCAAGGAGAUUUGAAGGAAAUUGAACAAGUCAUCUCGAAGAAACAAAAUGAUGUGGUUAAACUACUUGUCGAGGCUGUCACUAAGCCUACGGCAGAGAAGCAUGUGAACGCCAACUAA